UCUUGUUUACGUGCUUUAACUUUAAUGGUUUAUAGUCGUUAAAAUUACUCUAGUAACAUUCAGACUAUGUCACACAACAGCCACAUGGCAGCAGCAGAGGGAUCGCGGACAUGGCGGAAGGAUGAAGCCGACUUUAAGUUACAUUUCCGAAUGAUAAACGAGCAACAAGUGGAGGACAUCAGCAUUGACUCCUUCUACAAGCCGCAUACCAUCUCUCUGCUGACGGCCACUGUGCUCAGCUUGAUGUACUUUGCUUUUACCAGGGAUGAUGAGCAUGCAGACAACAACCUCCGAGUUGGUCUACUGGUGGUUAUCUCCUUCUUCUUGGUCAUCAGUGUCCUGGCUUUUCCUAAUGGACCUUUUACCAGGCCACAUCCUGCAAUAUGGCGAAUGGUGUUUGGUCUCAGUGUGAUCUACUUCCUGUUUCUUGUCUUCCUCAUCUUCCUUAACUGGGACCAAGUGAAAACACUCAUGUACUGGGUAGACCCUAAUCUGCGCUAUGCUAAACGGGAAGCUGAUAUCAUGGCAUAUGCUGUCAACUGUACUGUGAUAACAUGGGAGCGUGUCCUAAGCCAUUUCGACAUCUUUGCAUUCGCCCACUUUGCAGGCUGGGCCAUGAAGGCUCUGCUGAUCCGCAGCUACGGACUCUGUUGGACCAUCAGCAUCACGUGGGAACUCACUGAGCUGUUUUUCAUGCACCUUCUGCCAAACUUUGCUGAGUGCUGGUGGGAUCAGGUGAUACUGGACAUACUGUUGUGUAAUGGAGGAGGCAUCUGGCUGGGUAUGACAGUGUGCCGCUUUUUGGAGAUGAGGACGUACCGCUGGGCCAGUAUCAAGGAGAUCCACACCACCACAGGGAAGAUAAAACGAGCCGUGCUCCAGUUCACACCAGCCAGUUGGACUUAUGUGCGCUGGUUCGACCCAAAGUCUUCUUUCCAGAGGCUGGCAGGCAUCUACCUCUUCAUGAUCCUGUGGCAGCUGACAGAGCUAAACACAUUCUUCCUCAAGCACAUAUUCGUCUUCCAGGCCUCUCAUCCUCUCAGCUGGUGUCGUAUCCUCCUUGUUGGAGUCAUUACUGCACCCACUGUACGACAAUACUAUGCGUACCUGACAGACACUCAGUGCAAACGAGUUGGCACACAGUGUUGGGUGUUUGGAGCCAUUGCUUUCCUGGAGGCUCUUGCUUGUGUGAAAUUCGGCCACGAUUUGUUUUCCAAGACACAAAUUCGCUCCGUACUCCUGUGGCUGCUCUGUCUGGCACUCAUCACACUUCUGUGUUUGUAUGGGAUGGUCUGGUUAGAGCAAAAAAAAAUGAAGAACGUUUAUAUGCAAAGUGAAGAUUGUGAUGACAGCAGUGUUGUUGACUCACAUGGUUUUGUGCCAGAUGGUGUUGCAGCUAAGAAGGAUUCCUCGAAAACUUCACAACCUGCAAAACGGAGGAAAGCCUCCGGGAAGAACAGAUUUGUGAAUGGCCAAGGAGGAAAAAGACAAUAAACAGCACAAAAGACUAUUCACAUUCCAACCCAGCAAGGGGAAUAUGCACUUAAUUUAGUAUUUUGACCCCUAGAGGGCAGAAAGCAGUCUUCAAAAGUGACCAGGCUUGAUCUACUACAUCAACUUAUCAAGUUCUUACAGCAAACAGAUCAAAGGAAAAACACAACGAGAAUGAGCAAAAAGACUCGCAAUAUGCAGACUAGAGUGUUGAUUCUCUUAUAUAGGCCAUCAACAGAAUUGAUUUGGUCAAAAAUAUAAAAUAAAAUAGAGUUUACUUAACAAUCUAAAAAGAAGAGUAUGCACUGGAUUUUUAAAGACACUGUGGCCUUAAUUUAUAUUGUAAGAACUAGCAUGCCUGCCUCAGCAUCAUCCUACAGCCAUUUUCUACCUACCUGUACUGAAUGCUGUUGGAUGCUUUGCACGAUGAGACAGCGAGAUAUGUUCAGUCAGGGUGUGCAGGCUCUGUGUACUAAGUCUAAAAGCUUUACUAGAAAACUAAAAAUCAAUGAUUGUUGUGUGUAUCAUUUUGUAUGUCAUUUGAGUUGGUGAUGGUUGGUUCUCCACUUUGUUGAUUUAAUAUAUUUGUUGUUUUUAUAUCAUAAUGGCCAAAAGUGACCACAUUCUGCACUUUUCUAUAAUAUAUAGUACAGUUUAAAGUACUGGUGUUUGUAAUUUUGGUAUUGCCAUGAAAGGAGAUGAUUUUUUCAACCAAGUGCACAUCUGCAGCUGUAGUACAAAUUACUUGUAGACUUUGAGCUUUCAUCUGUGUGAAUAUUGGAACUGUUGAAAUGUGUGUGGGGCGUGUGUGUUGUUGUCGUUUGGUGUUUUUUCUUUUGCAGUUGUGUAUAUAUGCGUGUGUGUUGGUGUGUUUGAAUUGGACAGAGAAGUAAGGGGUGUGUGACUGGUGUACCGACAAAAAAUACUGUGACAUUCAAUGCACUACUACUGUGGAGACGUUAAAUCACAGAGGAUAAUCAUUGAAGUGUUUUUAAAGUGAUCUAAAUAAAUAAUGUGGGGCAUUAAUGUAACUACAGUUACUGGUGUAGCUCUUAAUAUUAUUAAAUGAUGCUCCACAGUUUCAUAUUCAGCAUUAUGGUGUGUUUAUUUCUACUACGACCAGUGUUUUUAUAACCCAAUAUCUGUUUAUUGAAGUUGUUUGAAUGUGACAGGCUUUUGCACCAUCCUGCCUCAGUGAUCCCAGUCUUCAUGUGUUAGACUGACUACACUGUAUUUAAUAUUAGAUGUCUAAAAUCUAUAAUUUUGUAACCUGUGAUAAACUACUUAAUAUUACUGAUGUUUUAUUUUAUAUAGGUGGGUUUGCUUGUUUUGUACACAUAAUUAAAUGACUGCA